AUGUUCCUGCUGGAAUCCAUGGAACAGCAAAGCAAUGACUACGUUUACGACAAUCCAAUGGUUCGUUUAGUGAGCCUUCCUAUUCUGCAUGCAAUGACCGGAAUGCUCAACUUGACUCCAACAAACGUUGGCGAUUAUAUGAAUUAUGGAUAUCGUUUGCCCAACGGAACAUUUGUGGGAGCCCUCGGAGAAAUUGAAUACGAAAGAGCAGAGCUGGCAAAUUCAAGAAUUAUAGCUCUUCUAUCAGGAACCACCAACAUACGAUUCCUCUCUCCGUUCAUGGUGCCACGGUUCAUGUUCGUAGUGCCCAAAAACUACUACGAACAUGUAAGGCGAGGAGUCCGUGUGAUUGCAUUGUCACCUGAGUUUAUGGCUUUAUACUUUUUCUGCCUAAUUUGGUUCCCGUUGGGCUUCAAAUUUUUUGAAUAUUGCGGUUCAAAGCUAACGCCUUCUAACCACCGUACGAAGACAUCAUGGACCUCAACGUUAUUUGACACAUUCGCAGCAAUGAAUAAUUUGUCCGUCAACAUUCGAGAAACAUCAUCUCAACGGAUUUACUGGAUGACUUUGAUUUGGUUUCAACUGAUCGUUUAUAGCGUGUUUCAGGGCAAUAUGAUCAAAGAGGUCAACAUGGCCGAUAAUAGUCGUGAUAUUCAAACCAUUCAGGAGCUUAUGGAAAGUCCUCUGAAUUUGUCCAUAGAUCCAUCAAUGAACUAUUUUAUAAAUUUUAACGAAGAAUGGGUAGAAAAGUACAACCUAAGAAGCCGCUUUGCACCAUUAGAAAUGGCAGCGGAUAAGAUUUUAUCAAAACUAGUAUUAACGAGGUCCUUUGCUGUUCUUUUCCCAUAUGACAUAAUAGAUGAUCUCGUUCCACGUUUCUGCGAUGAGAAAACGGGUGAAGACCUGCUAUAUGUGAUUCCUGAAGUAGCGUUCGAGUUCUACGCCGCAAUGUACGUUCCCGCGACUUCGCAUUUUGAGGAGCCUUUCAAUCGCAUUACGAUGCAGUUUGUCGAAAAUGGUUUGGUCAACUACGGACUAAGCUACCAGAAAUUUAAAUCACAAUUAGCUCACAGCGGCCAGUGUGGAAAAGGUGAAAGUUUACAAAAUUACUUGCCGGUUGUACUUCGCAGCUCAGAGUGCAUCGCCGAAAAGGACGAGGUAAUCAAGUGCUUGCGAGAAAACAACGAAGAACUGCAACGCUUCAUCGAAGAAAGCCGCUUCAAGCAGAACGAUCCGCUGCCGGAGAACUUGAACACCUCCUUCGAUGGGUUGGAACUCAGCUCGGGUGGGAGUAGUGUUGGUGCAUCCGGCAAGAGCUACAGCAUCAGCCCGGAAAAUAUGGCCCAAGCGGAUGUGCAACUAAAGGAGAAGGUUAGCGGGGACAUUUUGGAUUCGUUUGGUACAAAUUGGAAGCGUAAGCGCGAUGGCGCACUGUUCUCAGCUUAG